AUGGAUCGUCCUCCUCUCCAAGUUUAUUCUCGUCAUCCUCGUCCUCCUACUAAUCCCAAUGGUACUUUCCUUCUUGAUACAGGUACCUCAAUCAAUCCCGAUGACCCAUCUCCUAUUCCUCCAUCGCCUGCUCCGGUCAUGUCUCCUGUAGACGAAGUAACUUCUCCACUUGUCCUUCGCAAAGGUAUUCGAUCUUCUCGAAACCCACAUCCUAUUUAUAAUUUUCUUAGUUAUGAUUGUUUAUCUCCAUUUUAUUAUGCCUUUAUUUCAAACUUGUCUUCUAUCCCUAUACCCAACACUGUUAGCGAGACAAUGGCACAUCUAGGGUGGAGAGCUACCAUGACUGAGGAGAUGACUGCUCUUGAUCAUAAUGGUACUUGGAAGUUGGUUUCCUUACUGCCAGGCAAGACUGUUGUUGGGUGUCAUUGGGUUUACACUGUUAAGAUUGGUCCUGAUGACAAAGUUGAUCAGCCGAAGGCUCGCCUUGUUGCAAAGGGCAGCCAUGUAUCAAUGGCCUCUUCAUCAGUUGGAUAUCAAAAGUGCCUUCUUGCAUGUUUGGGAUGUCGUGAAGUACAACUAAUCAUUCAUUAUUUUUUCGCCUUUGAUCAUGGUAAAUUUAUAUACUUGGUUGUCUAUGUUGAUGACAUUGUCAUAACAGGGAUUGAGGUAGCACAGUCUAAGGCUGGUGUUGCUAUAUCACAAAGGAAGUAUGCCUUGGACAUUCUUGAGGAGACAUGUAUGUUAGACUGUAAGCCUGUAGAUUCUCUUAUGGAUCCCAAUGUCAAACUUGUUCCUGGACAAGGGGAGCCAUUAGAAGACCCUGGAAGGUAUCAAAAAUUGGCCCCAUGUAGUGGCCAUUGGGACGCAACAGUUCACCUUCUCAAGUAUAUUAAAGGAGCUCUAAGACAAGGCUUGCUAUAUGAAAAUAGGGGUCAUUCUCAAAUUGUUGGGCAUUCUGAUGCUGAUUGGGUAGGGUCUCCAUUAGAUAGACGAUCUAUUUCUGGAUACCGUAUCAUGAUUGGAGCCAAAUUUUCUCCUUCAUCGGCUAUUAUCUCAAGAUUCCAAGAAUAUCUCCAAAUCAACACCUCUCAACCAUCUCCUGACUACAAGAAAGCCACCGCCUUCCUCCAGGGGGCAUCUUUAGGAUUGAAUUUGGAAUCCCAGACCUUCGAACUCGCUAAAAAGAAACCUAUCAUUCUUCUCAAAUGGCCCGGCUCCAACCCUUACCUACCCUCCAUCAUCCUCUACUCACACACCAAUGUCGUUCCGUCUGAGCUGAAAAAAUGGUCCUACCACCCCUUCAGGGCCCACCUGGAUUCGAAGGGAAAUAUCUUCGCCAGAGGGUCCCAGGACAUGAAGUGCGUUGGGAUGCAAUACUUAGAGGUGAUUCGAAAGUUGAAGGCAGGUGGCUUUCAGCCUGUUCUAACUGUUUACUUGGCUUUUGCUGUUGAUGAAAAGAUUGGAGGUCAUGAUGGAGUUGAGAAGUUUGCAGAGUCUGACAUCUUCGAAAACUUGAAUGUUGGUAUUGUCCUUAAUGAAGGUCUUCCAUUUCCCAAUGAAAAUUACAAGGCAUUUUAUGCAGAGAAGGGACCUUGGUGGCUGGCUAUUAAGGCUAAGGGGGCUCCAGGCCAUGGCGCAAAGCUGUAUGAUAACAGUGCGAUGGAGAAUUUGUUUAAGAGCAUUGAGAGUGUGAGGAGGUUUAGAGCUUCACAGUUUGAUUUGGUGAAGGCUGGGUUGAAGGGUGAAGGGGAGGUCAUUUCGGUUAACAUUGUAUUUCUUAAAGCUGGCAACCCAUCACCUACUGGUUUUGUCAUGAAUUUGCCAUCUGAAGCAGAAGCAAGUCUUGAUAUUCGGGUCCCUCCUACUGUAGAUGUAGAAGUGUUGGAAAGACGAAUUGCUGAAGAAUGGGCACCUGCUUCAUGCAAUAUGACAUUUGAAUUCAAGCAGAAAGGUUCUAUACACAACAAGUGGAAACCCCUGCUAACAGCGACCGAUAGUUCAAACCCAUGGUGGAGCCUUUGGGAGGAUGCUGUUAAAUGCUAAUGGAAAACUUGUAAGCCUGAUAUCUUUCCCGCCUCCACAGAUGCUCGCUACUUCCGCAACCAAGGCCUGCCAGCGAUUGGCUUCUCUCCCAUAGCAAACACCCUGGUUCUGCUUCAUGACCAUAAUGAUGAAUGGCUAUCCUUGUUUUGA